UAUAAAAUAUUAUUAUUUUUUGUAUCAAUUAUUGUGGAUUUUAUCAAUAAUUAGUAUUGUCUUUUAAUACCUAUUUCCUGUAUUAAAUAAAUUAUUAAAAUGGAAGGAGUUAAUGGACAACUGCAGACUAAGUAUCAAAAAGUUGUUGCUGAAUAUUCAAAGAUACGUGCUCAAGCUAGUGUUCUAAAAAAGGCUGUGAUUGAUGAACAGACACGAAACAGUGAACUUAAGGAACAAUUAAAGGAAAGAGAUGUUUCAUUAAGACGCGCAGAACAAGAAUUAGAUAGUUUAAUUUUUCGUAAUCAACAAUUAACUAAGAGAGUUACUGUCUUACAAGACGAACUUGAUAAAUCACAAAAUAAAUCGAAAAAAGGUAAAAGUAAAUCAUCGGAAAAUAAAGAUCAACCACCGCCACCACCCAAUCAUGUUUAUGUAGAAGAAUUUAAAAAAAAAAUUGUUGAAAAUGCACAGCUUCAAUCAGUUAUUUCUGACAAAGAUAAUGAAAUUGACGAGCUUAGUGAUAGAAUAAAACAUCUUGAGUACAAACUUGAUUUGUCGGAAAAAUCUCGAAUUGAAUUGGAUAGUAAAUUUCAAGAUAAAAUAGAUAAAUUAGAACGAGAUAAAAAUGAAUUAAUUAAAAAAUUAAAUGAUCGUCAAAAACACGAUGAAACAGUUUCGUGGUCUAGUAUUGAGGGAAAAUGGAGUUAUGAUUGUGAUUUAAAAACAACAAUAACAAACCAUCGUCAGGUUGAUCAUUCACCUUUAUCAUCACCUUCUGUUUCUCGUCGAUCAUCUAAAUCAAUUGGUGAUAUAAGAUUACAAAAAACACCAGAAUAUCAAGAUGAUACCAAUAAUGAAUUUGAAUACUCGAAAAUUUAUGACUUAGAAAAAGAAUUAAGUCAAUAUAAAAGUGAUUAUUAUAUAUUGAAAAAUAAAUAUGAUGAAUUACAGGAAAAAAAUAAUUAUAUUUUACAGCAAGUUGAUUCAAAUAAUUUAGAGCCUGUAGAAAUUAAUAAUAUGAUUGGAAGUUUGAAAGCUCCGUUUGCAUUGCCAGAUGAAAUUGAAGCACGUGAAGCUAAAAUAAAAGAUUAUUUCCAACGAGAAAUUGAUAAAUUGAUAACAGAAAAACAAAUUUAUCAUGCGAAAAAUCUUGCCAUUGCUGCCAGUAAUCAAGUGAUGAGUGUACAUUUAGAUACGAGUGAAGAAAAGCGUAAAAAAUGUGAAACUGCUUUAUUGGAAGCUUUGUCGAAUUGGACAAGUUCACAAGAAGAUAAAGAAGUUCAAGAAGGAAGUUAUACAAGUCAACUCAGUACAAUGACUGAACAUCUCGCUAAUAUGAAUGAGAAACUUAUUCAGCAAACUGAAGAAAUCCAACAAUUGAAAUAUGAACUCAGCAAUAAAAAUGAAAAAAAAGGAAAGCAAAAAUAAUUAUAAUUAUUACUAUUAUAAAAGGAUGACAUUCCAUUAAUAAAAUUAUUUAAUUAAUGUAAAUAUAUGAAAAUGCAUAAGAAAAAAUGGAAAAAAUAAUCAA